CCCAGCCAGAAGUGCGAUGACCCUUACCAAAGUCCAACUUAAGUGGAACCGAGUGUCUGAAGAGAAUGCUGGUACCAUACAACGUAGAAGUGGAGCCUCCACCCCCGGGGCUGCGGACGGAGUUUGAGACCCUCUUAAGCACUGAAGUUCUGCAGUUUCUGUCAGACCUGUGCUGCAGAUUCCAACCAGAGGUGGACAAGGUCCUGAAGAUGAGAAUCCUGCGAAAGGUUCAGUUGGAUCUCGGCGAAGAGCUGCCGGGUUUCACGGAGGACACGGCUCACAUCCGGAACGAUCCGUCCUGGAGAGUGAGUCCCGUCCCUGUCCGACUGCAGUGCAGACAUGUGGACAUCGGUGACCUUUCACCCUGUGACACGCAGCGGCUUACGCAGGCCCUCAGAUCAACAGCGCAAGGAAUACAAGUAGAUUUUGACGACGGCAACUGCCCGACAUACUACAACCAGAUCAAGGGCAUUUAUAACGUUUAUAAGGUCGUGCAUAAUCAGUUUCACGAUGCCCCGCCCAUAUCCCAGGCCCCGGUUCUUAUGCUCCGCCCUCGUGCUUGGAACAUGGUGGAGCACAAUAUGUUGGUGAAAGGUCGGGAGGUUCCUGGUCCGCUCUUCGAUUUUGGCCUGCUGAUGUUCCAUAAUGCGAAGCUGCUGCUUGAGAACCAGAGCGGGCCAUUUUUCUACCUGUCCAAAGUGGAGAGUUACCUGGAGGCCAGGUUGUGGAAUCAGAUUUUUCUCUGGACUGAGGACAGGCUGGGCUUGCCAGUGGGCAGUAUCAAGGCGACGGUGCUGAUCGAAUGUGUACUGGCGACGUUUGAGAUGGAGGAGAUCCUGUACGAGCUCCGAGAGCACUCUGCCGGUCUGAACUGCGGCAUCUGGGAUUACUCUGCGUCCUUCGUGAACAAAUUUGGUCAUCGUGCGGAGUUCCUGCUCCCUGACCGCAGUAAGUACGUGAACAUGGAGAAACGUUUCCUGCGUAGCUACAUGGAGCUGCUGGUGCAGACGUGCCAUCGCAGGGGCGCACUGGCCACCGGGGGCAUGGCAGCGCUCCUGCUACCCACACACACAGACAGUGCACUGUACACGACUGUACUGAACACCGUCACCAGACUGAAGCUCUUGGAAAUCCGAGCAGGGGUCGACGGCUUCAUGGUCUACGACAUGAACCUGAUUGAGCCGAUGCAGAAAUUGUUCCAGCUCCAUUGUACAGGACCGAACCAGCUCCAUCAGCUACGCCACGACGUCAGUGUGACCUCAGAAGAUCUGCUCACUGUACCAGCGGGUGGCGUAACGUUGUACGGACUGAAGCACAACAUCGCAGUCGGCGUGUUGUUCAUCGACGCAUGGCUCUCAGGUCGAGGACAUUUCUUCUUUAAGGGGCAGGUGGAAGAUUCAGCUACUGCAGAAAUCUCUCGAUCUCAGGUGUGGCAGUGGAUCAGACACAGGGUGAAACUAGAGGAUGAUGGGAGGACUGUGGUGACUCGUGGCUUCAUCAGGAGCUUGACGCAAGGCAUGAUGGGUGAUCUGAGGGCAGCGGCGUGCUGUCAGACACAAAGAGACGAAGCGAGGCUAACCACAGCCGUGUCCAUGUUUCUGGAGCUGGUACAGAAGAGUGAUUUCCCAGAAUUCCUGACAACCUACCUGUACCUGGACCACACGUUCCUGAGCGCUCAGGGCCAGCAUGAAGAGACAGGGAUGGAAAGAUCUCACCGAGCCAGGCUCUAAUCAUGAUCCUACCUCUGUAAUACAGCCUGAUCUACAACGUGGGAAAUAAGUAUUGGACGCGCCAACAUAUUUUUCAGUAAAUAUAUUUCCACUAAGUAUUAAAUACAUUUCACUUAGCGUGUUCGGAACUUUUUUCCCGUGUCGUUCCACUUUAUUACACAUAACUUCAUUUAUGGACUCGAAUGCCCGUGUGUGUCGUUCGUGAAUGAGUCGACUCUUUGAACAACUCGCAUAUAUGCUCCGUAUAUUUUUUUUUUUAGACGUAGUCAGUGGAAUUAUUCUUGCCGUUCAUGUCACGUAAUCUAAAUAUUUAACUGGAAACGUGAUUUCAAAAUCCGAGCGAUUCAUUAGCAUGAAUUGAUUCAUUUUAAGCAAAAAAAAAAACCCCAAAAACUCUUCAUUCUGGUCAGUUUUUUCCCUAAUUAAAUCAAAUAAAGUGUUGAUUUCUUCAAUAGUGUGAAUUCUUUAUAUUUCCAAAUGUCUUGAGUUAAUACUGAUGUCUGGUGAAAAUUUCAUGUGAAUAGCCUCAUUGGAAAUAUAUUUACUGAAAAGAAUGUUGACGCGUUCCAUACUUAUUUCGCCCACUGUACAUCUUAUGUAGUGAUGAAUAAAAUAAAGAAAGGAACAUGGCGGUGAAUAGCA